AGAAGUAGAGUCAUUUUCUCAUAGACUUCUAUACAACCAGAGGAGUCGCCCCCUGCUGGACACUAGAGAGCUUCCGAUGGAUUUCUGGCUUCAACUUAAUGGUUCAGUAGACAGAGUCUGAAAUGAUUUGAAAACCUGCUGGCUCCAAAUGAAAAAGAAAUGACGUGUUACACGCAAUCCACCGCAGUGCUUCAUGUGCCCGAGAGGUGCCCGCACAGAAUGCGUAGGCGCACAGCUGCAGGAGGAUAAAUCAGACAUCACUCACCAAAAACACGCCGUGUGUUUCCUUCAAGUUUAAACUCAAAUGUUGAAUGCACUUCAUUGAUCAUUAAACAUUUGCAAAGCAGCGUUUGUCUUGAACGUUUAUAACCUGCAUUCUUUACGUUUAUGAGCAUCUCCUUCACAUCAUCUGUGAUAGUUAGCAUUAGUUUUAGUUAGAGUGUGUCUCUCACGUUACCUGUAGACAAGUGAAAUCAUCUCCAACAAUUGGCUGGAAUGUGGGUGUGUGUGGUAGAGUAAAUAAAAAAAAACUGCGACCCCGCACGUAAAAACAUUGCUCGUUAACGUUAAAAGUGGAUAAAAACUCCACUGGGAACGUUUGAAUUAAUGAGUCGGUGAUAAAUGAAUUGACAGUAAUUAUUUUCCUCCUCCUCUUCCUCCAGUCUCUCUUCCACGCUAACUCUCUCCAGAAGACUCACCAGAGCGCUUUGCAGGUCCAGCAAAAAGCUGAGAUGAUGCUCCAGGCAGGUCACUACGAUCCAGAGGCCAUCAGAGGCUGCGCUGAGAAGGUGGCGGUUCACUGGCAGCAGCUGAUGCUGAAGAUGGAGGACCGUCUGAAGCUCGUCAACGCCUCCGUGGCCUUUUACAAGACGUCCGAACAGGUGUGCAGCGUGUUGGAGAGCCUGGAGCAGGAGUAUCGUCGCGAUGAGGACUGGUGCGGCAGCCACGAUAAACUGGGAAUGACGGCCGACUGCGAGCACCUUCUGCCUCUGAUCAGUAAACACCUGGAGCAGAAAGAAGCCUUCCUCAAGGCGUGCACUCUGGCCCGGAGGAACGCCGAGGUGUUUCUGAAGUACAUCCACAGGAACAACGUCAGCAUGCCUGGAGCCGCCGGUCACACCAGAGGGCCCGAACAACAGGUCAAAGCCAUUCUUAACGAGCUGCUGCAGAGAGAAAACAGAGUCCUUCACUUCUGGACGUUAAAGAAACGGAGGCUGGACCAGUGUCAGCAGUACUUGGUGUUUGAACGCAGUACCAAACAGGUCUGUGUGUGUGUGUGUGUGUGUGUGUGUGUGUGUGUGU